AUGGCAUACCAGAGCGCCUACAAUAUGAAUUACCAGAUACUACUAUGCUUGAUACUCUUCUCCCUAGGCCUUCUCCUACCACUGCCAUCCCAUUCUGCUGAUCCAAGCCCACUGCAAGAUUUCUGCGUUGCAGAUCUUGAUUCCUCUUUAUUCAUUAAUGGCUUUCCGUGCAAAAACCCUGAUAACGUAUCUUCACAAGACUUCUUCGCCAAUGGGUUCCAACAAAGUCCAGGAGAAUUCAAUAUUUUCGACGUCAAUGUCACUCGGCAAGAUGUUCAUCGAUUUCCAGGACUCAACACUCUAGGGCUGUCAAUGAACCGAGUGGUUUUGAAGCCUGGAGGGCUGAAUGCACCCCACGUCCACCCUCGUGCAUCCGAGCUGGCUCUAGUCAUGGAUGGAAAACUGUUUGUAGGCUUGGUGACAACCGGAAACGUUUUCUACUGGAAAAUUGUGACUUCAGGAGAGUUGUUUGUGAUUCCUCCUGGGCUAGUGCACUUCCAACUGAAUAUUGGACACGAGAACGCACGCUUCUUCGCCUCGUUCAACAGUCAAAAUCCAGGGAUUCAGUUCGCCCCCCUUGCUCUUUUUAACUCCACGCCUUCGAUUCCUGAUCUCGUGUUGAGUAAAGCAUUUCAAGUAAAUCAAAGUAUCAUUGAGCUCAUUAAGUCUAGGUUUGCAACUGUGUCGACUGUGUCGACCGUGCUUAAGUCAUCUUACUAA